AUGCCAGAUUGGUCCGCGUUCCCAGAUCCAGAUACCAUCACUUUAACUGAUGACAGCGUCGACGACUCUUUUAAGAUUUGUGUCAUACAAGGUGUUGCUGAUGCUUCCCCAUCUUUCUCUGGUGGUAUUGGUACCAGAAUUGGUUCUAUUUUCGUUAUUGGUGUGAUUUCGACAUUUGUUACGGUGUUCCCAAUUCUCUCCCAGAAAUAUAACUGGAAACUAUCAGUUUGGUUUUACUUAUUUGCCAGAUUCUUUGGUGCCGGUGUUAUUAUUGCCACAGCCUUUGUCCAUUUGCUAGAUCCAGCAUAUGGUGAGAUUGGUCCUAACACCUGUGUUGGUGGCUGGGGUAACUGGGCUCAGUAUUCUUUUGUUGAUGCAUUGAUUUUAGCUUCUCUUUUUGGUAUCUUCUUGACUGAAUUGUUCAGUGAAGUUUACGUUGAGAGAAAAUACGGAAUUUCUGCAGAGGAGCCAGACAUUCAAAAGAUGUUGACUGAAAGAAACCCUCAGGAGGAAGUUGAGGAAGAUUGUCCUGUUUGUGAAGAGGAUGGUGUCUCCAAGAAAGAGUCAACCUAUGUUGACGAAAAAUCUUUAGCUUCCAGUAAGUCAACUUAUGAUUUCAAACAACAAUUUGCUGCUUUCUUAUGUUUGGAAUUUGGUGUUAUCUUCCACUCUGUCAUUAUUGGUUUGAACUUGGGUUCCACCGAUUACGAUGAAUUCAAAACCUUGUAUAUUGUUUUAGUCUUCCAUCAAUCCUUUGAAGGUUUAGGUAUUGGUGCAAGAUUAUCUGCUAUUCCAUGGCCAAGCCACUUACCAGAAUACUACAAGUACUUGUUAUGUUUUGCUUAUGGUAUUGUUACUCCUAUCUCUAUUGCUAUUGGUAUUGGUGUCAGAACCACAUAUGUUAGUGAUGGUUUCGCUGCUAAUAUUGUUUCUGGUGUUUUGGAUGCAUUAUCUGCAGGUAUUUUGAUUUACACUGGUCUCGUUGAAUUUAUUGCUAGAGAUUUCAUUUUCAACAAGGAAAUCAAGAAGAACACUGUACAAUUAUUAUACAGUUUGUUCUGUCUUUGCUUGGGUACAGGUAUUAUGGCAUUAAUUGGUAAAUGGGCAUAA